AUGCCCAGAAAGCAAGCACAGAUUCAAUUCCAUGGGCUAGGAAAUAAUGUAUCACCGCCAUGUCUUGUUGGAAAGACAUCGCUUUCCAAUUUUUAUUCAAAUUUAUUCGUUGAAAUCGGUGAACAAUUGCAUCUUUCGGAGCCAUUUACUCCAGACUCCAGAAUUUCCACUUUACAGACAAGGACUCAGAUACUCCAUCAUCCCAUCCCAUCCAAUGACUGCGACGUUGCUUGUAGCUUCACCUAUGACAGAUGUUGGUCGGGAUCAUAUAACACGGGCCAUCGCAGACUUAAAUUGUAUAAAAUUGUUGUCAAUUUCAACAAGAUCGCUAUCCUACAACAGCUGAAAUACACCGAAAUCAUGCUAAGAAACCGGUUUGGUGCAGCUUUGAGAGCUUCUGCUACAAUACCAAGCUGUUACAGACCACUGGGCUUUUUUCCGCUCUCAAAACGCUCUUAUUCUGAGGAUUCAGCGGUUAAAACUCACAUCCAAUCAACCAAUGACUUACAGGACCCAGAAACUCAAGAAAGUCCUGCUGGCUUACCUACUCAAGAGGUUUCAGCUAAACCGGAAAUCCAGCCUUGGUACCUGAAUGUUGGCAGGGAACAGCUCCAAGAAAAUAGCUUCCCUCAAGAGAAAAUUGAACUUCCCAAGGACGCACCAGAAUCCUUGCAAAUACUGACCGCAUUUCUCAGUGACGAAUUGGGACUUGUCGAUAUUCUCAUAUUCCAAACCAAAGAUUUAGACGAUGAUCACACUACUGCGGUUGCCAAGUUCAGCGACUACAUCGUGUUGGCCUCCGCCAAAUCGGGAAAACACUGUUAUAAAAGUUUCGUAGAGGUCAACACUUUGCUGAAACAAAAGUUCCAAGUGCAACCGCAUGUUGAAGGUAACAUAAGCGCCAACGAGCUCCGCAGACGCCAGCGCAGACUGGCAAGACACACCAACCUGAGCAAAUCGCAAGGUUCUCGCCCCGCGGUCACUAGAAGCGCUACACAAGCGGAUUCCUGGUAUUUGAUCGAUUGUCGAGUCGACAACAUUUUCCUCAAUAUCAUGUCAGACACGAGGAGGCAGGAAUUAAAUUUGGAAGAGCUUUAUGCACCAUCAAAAGACAAGCAUCUUUACAGACGCCAGCCUCAAAGCCCCGACGUUUCGGUUGGGGAAGACGACGACAACGUUUUGGCAGGACUGAAACGGCUAGUGGCUCGAAACCAGAAAAGAUUUUAUUCCACUGUUUCAGAAAAACAAUUACUGACCGAUCGGUUGCUGAAACAGGACUUUCAAGCUGCAGAGCGUUUGACAACGUCGGAACCCAGCUCAUUAAGCACUCUCAAGACUAUUUCAGGGGCUUUACAGACGAUACCGGCAGACACUACCGUGCAGACACAACGCUGGUUGCAAUUCUUCAACAGUGUGUGGAGUCCCCAAUUUGCAUUCGACACAGAAUACUGGCACCUCAGGUCACACCUUUUGAAGUUACUGAACUGUUGCGGAAAAAGCCGGCUUUCCCUAGAGGAAGUCUUCGCCAACUCACUACAAUUCAAGUUGGCGAGCGGUAAUUUGUUAACAAAGGAAGAUCUACUAGAGUUCCUACAAUUGGCCGACGCCAAUAUACAGGAAGGGCAGGAGCUCGCCCAAGUCAAUAAAAUAGUGGUUAGAGCUCUACAGCUAUACAAGGGCAUCGAACCUGAACUUUUACUCGAUACUGAAAUAAUUUGCCAGUUGUUUAAGACCAUGAAUGGACCGCACGCAUCACUGGAAUCACUCAACGGGAUGAUCGAUUUCAUUUGUGCAGAAUUUCCUUCACAAAUUCCGGUCCCCGUAAUCGACACUGUAUUGCAAUCCUUGGCUAAGAGAAAGGAAUACAUGAAGGCCCUAAAGUUUUGGGAAAACGGGAUAAUAUUGCGAAAUGCCAAUGAUUAUAGACCUUGGUCCAUAUUUGUCAAUAUGGUAGCAGAGUCUCGCGAUGUCAAAUUCAUCAGAAAUGUACUGAAUGGAGGACAUUUACUGUGGAUAAAGCGGAAUAACGUUAUAGUGGGUCCGGAACUGGGUAAAGCACUUGAAUCUCUCUUCGACGCAGCGGAUCCCAACAAUAUUGCAUAUACUGAUCUGAGAGAAUAUCUCACACAAGAUUGA